GACGCGUCGACGCGACGGGGAGCGCCCGCGCCACACGAAAACCUUCGAAGAUCCCGAGCCGCCACGCACGGCACAAACCCGAUUCAAACCGUUUCAAAAGGGACACCCCACCACGCGGGUCCACCGCUCUUCCCGUUUCCGCCCGCGCCGCGCCACGCCACGCCAUGGUCUCCCCGCCGCGCAGCCAUCCCGCCGCCGCCGCCGCGCGAGCGCCCACCGCCACCGCGUCCCCGCCUCCGCAGCCGCUCGCUGCCUCCCACCCGCUUCCCCGCGCGUUCCUCGCCACCUCCUCCCCGCGCGCCGCCGCCGCGGCGGCCCCGGCUCCCCCGCUCUUCACCGGCCGCCCGCUAAACCCCAACCCUCCUGGCCACGCCUCCUCCGCGCCCCACGGCAUCCUCUACCCCAUCGCGACAUCCGCUGCGGCCGCACAUCACCGGCGCGGCGUUCCCCCCGUGGCCGUCGGAUACCCCCGCGCCCACGCCGUUGCUGUCCCCAUCGCGCAGCCUCAGCAGCAGCCCCUAGCGUACGCGCACGCGCACGCGCAGCCCCGGUCAUUCGCGGCCGUGCCUCGGGCCCUGGUGGCGGGUGUGGCGGUGCGGCCCGAGCAGCCUCCCCGUGGAGUUCCGAUAGCUCCGCAGCCCAAGGUUAAUCCAGUCCCACCUACUGCUCCAUCCAAUGAGCAGAACAACUCAAAGGAUAGGGAAAGGAGCAGAGAAGACUCUACAACUGUGGUGAUUAAUGACCGCAAAGUUAACUUGCUGGACAGUGAGUCAGGAUCCUUGUACGCUCUCUGUAGAUCUUGGGUGCAUAAUGGUAUUCCACGUGAAAGUCAGCCAAGCUUUGCAAAUGGUGAACCAAUCCUUCCAAGGCCUUUACCUGCUUCAGUCAUAGAUUCUAGGAUAUCAGAAAAGGAAAAAAAUGAUGCUCUGGAUGAAGAUUCAGAUGAAGAGCCACAGAAGAAUGCUGACGGUGAAUACAUCGCAAGCGACUUAUUAAAGCAGCAUGUAAAACGUGCAAAAAAGAUACGUGCUGGGUUGCAAAAGGAGCGGCUUCGUCGGAUUGAAAGAUACAAGCAACGCCUUGCACUUCUUUUGCCCCCACCUAGCGAGCUUGGGAGGCACGAUCCUCUAUGACAGUAUCUAUAAAUAGAAUAAGCUGAAAGCAUAGCUGUUGUGUUGUUAGUUGUAACUAACGUUGACACCAUUUGUUACCAGCAUUGUAUGUUUAGGAGCUUUCACGCUGGAUGUUUAAUACCAACAUUAUCUAAUAAACUGAAACAGAAAUCAUAGCGUCA